CGACCUCACGGUCAUCCUGGUCGUACGGGUGAAUGUUGACAUUCAACAUGGCGGCAUGUCGUCAGUGCUGUGCUGUGUCGUGCUUGUGUCGUUGUUAGUUUAGGACACUUCUGAAACUAAGGCUCACUGUAAAAUCUACAUUUAAAAGCUGAAGAAGGAAACGCUAUAGAAAUAUUGGAAGAACACAAUCAGACUCAGCACGCAUUGAAGACAUCUGAGGAUUUUCAACAUUUAUCCUUUAAAUCUCCUAUGUUUUUGAUUUACUCUUUUAUAAAGGAUGACUGGUGUUUAAAAAGAAAACACAGUCAUUCCAGUGUAUCCUAAAUUGAGUAUUUAUCAAAAACAGUUGUAAUAUUCAAACAUACGUAAGGAAAGUAUUGACAGCAUAUGGAUUGCUAAGAUUUUGUACUCGCAUUAAGUGGUAAAUCAACAUUAUAACUGCAUUGUUCAUUUGUAUAUUGUACACAAGGUUUGUGGUCAAGAGAUAGGUGAGCCAAUACAGUGACCGUGAUUGUGAUUGCGGCUGAGAUAGUACUGUUUUGCUUGGUUGACAGAACAUCUUUAUCUGCGUUCAAAGAGUGCCAAGUUCGUGUGUCGAGCUGCCGCGGUACUCUCGAGAAUAAAAAUAAUUCACAAUACACGCGUUUAAAAAAAAAAAAAAAACAAAGAUAAGAUACUUUGAAGAGAUUUUACUUCCACUUCCUGGUUAACACAAAGAAGCCUGCAUUUCUGCGGCAUUUCAAGAAGCCACUCUUCCUCUUCAUUAAGUUCUUGUAACAUUAUAAUAGCGAACAAAGAUAUAAAGUACCAAGAACCAUUCUGUGAUAUCUAUGUUAACACUUAAAUAAUUGAAAAAGACUAAAAAUUUUUAAAUAUAAGUAUAUAUAUAUUAUAUAUAUUGUGGUGAAACAAGAAGUGUGGACAUAAAGGGAAUUAAGUAACUUUUCAAGAGAGAAAGAAAGCUAAAUUAUACGUAAACAACAUUGUGUAAAAGUUUUGAAAAGACAAUGUCCAACAAUCCUCAGUGGAAAACGUUCCAGCCGCCAAUCAUGAAUUCUGACCCAGCAAUACUUGAGUUUAAGUCAAUGUCAAGUCCUAUAUCGAGUCCUAAGGCCAUCACAGGAGCUCAUCAGCCAACAACUAACAAUUAUCGAAAUGGCACCAACUACAGUGGUGAUCACUAUAUGGGUUCACCUCCUGGAUGCGGCAAAAAUUCUACAGCUAAUUAUGGAAAUUAUCCUGUGCAGUCGUCGCCACGCAAUGGAGCCACGAGAUUUCCAUUUGACUUUACGGGGAUGGAUGCGAGUGCUGGUUAUACCAGCGAACCAGUCACUAAUAACUCUACCUAUCAGGAUCAGUCUGCGAAUCAAGGAACACGAGAAACUGGAAUAAUCGAGAAAUUAUUACAUUCUUAUGGGUUCAUACAGUGUUGUGAAAGGCAGGCAAGACUGUUUUUUCAUUUUAGCCAAUUUAGUGGUAAUAUUGAACAUUUAAAGAUUGGUGAUCCAGUAGAGUUUGAAAUGACAUACGAUAGACGAACAGGCAAGCCUAUCGCAAGCACCGUCAGCAAGAUCGCUCCAGUGGCGCUAGGUGAUCAACGCUGUAUCGGUAACGUGACAACAGAAUUGCAAGCGAGCGGCGAUUCACAAGGACGCAUCAGCUAUGAGAAUCGUGGUGAAUGCUUUUUUCUACCUUAUACCAAAGACGAUGUCGAAGGAAACGUCACUUUGCGCGCUGGUGAUAAAGUAUCAUUUCAAAUUGCUACUAAUCAACGAGGAAACUUGGGGGCGUGUAACGUAAGGCUGGAAAAUCCAGCCCAUCCGGUUCGUUAUCGAGGAGUGGUGUGUUCAAUGAAAGAGAAUUUCGGAUUUAUUGAGCGAGCCGAUGUGGUCAAAGAAAUAUUCUUCCAUUUUAGCGAAGCUAAAUCGAUGAAAGAGGAACUUAGGCUAGGCGACGAUGUGGAAUUUAUAAUACAAACGCGUAAUGGAAAAGAAGUAGCUUGUAACAUUACGAAGUUACCGCCCGGUUCGAUUGUAUUUGAAGAGGUAAGCAACGAAGUGGUGAAGGGUCAGGUAUUAAAACCUUUGGAGAGAGGCACUGCUGCUCGUCAUCAAAACGAUCCAUUACCUGGACGUAUACGAUAUAGAGAUAGCGACCAUUCUGAGGUCGAAGUACCUUUCGGUGAUAAAGAUCAAAAAGGAGAUUUUACUCUUAGACACGGAGACUGGGUGCAAUUUCGUAUUGCAACAGAUACCAGAGAUCAGUUGAAAAGGGCAACGGAAAUAAUGUUGUUGCCGGAAUCAUUUACUGUGUCCGGAGAGAAACGGGAGCAAGGUACUAUACAAUCUCUUAAGGAUGGAUUCGGCUUUAUACGUUGCGUAGAACGAGAGCCCAGACUAUUCUUUCACUUUAAUGAGAUUCUUGAUGUUGAUAGAGAAAUCAGUGUAGGGGAUGAAGUUGAAUUUACAGUUAUACAGGACCCCUCAUCGUCCUUCUCUAAUACUCGACAGAGUGCUAUUCGACUGAAACAUUUGCCAACCGGUACGGUAAAGUUUCAGACUAUUAUCGAGAAGGAUAUAUUAGGUACUGUAAUACAAGAUACAAACGCAAUGGAGCCUGGCCUUAUCGGCUAUGGCCAACAGAAGAGCAUUAUUUUCUUCUCCAAAGAUUGCGACCCUAAACAUAUUCCGAAAUUGGGUGAUAAGGUGAUGUUUACUAUUGUUCAAGUAAAACGCAACAAAGAACUUGUUGCUGAAGACAUAUUUUUAGUGAAUGCUGCCGGUGAAAAAAUUCAAACUACUAAUAAAAAAUCAAAUGGACAAGUUUGUCAAGGUUUUAUUGCUGCCCUUAAAGAUGGGUUCGGCUUUAUUGAGACAGUAAAUCACGAUAGAGAAAUAUUUUUUCACUACAGUAACUUUGAAGGAGACGCUAAUACGUUGGAGUUAGGAGCCGAUGUCGAAUUUACAAUUAGUAAUUCAAGCAACGGGAGAGGUUCCGGAGGUUGCGUAGCUGCUGAUCACGUGAAACUGGUGUCUCGCGGAAGUAUUCCCAGACCGACGCCGGUCAGCGACGUGCUCGAUGGCACUGUAGUACGACCGUUGCGAAGUGCGAAUCCCGAGCAGGCUGAAUAUGCCGGUUUGAUUAAGAUUAAUCAAACUAACGAGGACGAAGAAACGCCCGAAUACGAAUUCGGAAUCAUGGGACUUUCUAAUAAACGAGAGCUCUUGCAAGCUGGCGAUCCUGUACAGUUACAGGUUGAUUCGGCGGGUCAUGCUUGUAAUAUUGUGGCCGUCAGGAAGAAGAGAAGAGCGACGGUGGAUGCGGUGAAGGGCCCCUUCGGUUUUCUUGCUUACGAAAUUGAUGAAGGAAAGAAAUUAUUCUUUCAUAUAAGCGAGGUCCGAGAUCACGCUACGUUGCAACCGGGCGAUCAAGUAGAAUUUGUCCUAGUAACCAAUCAACGUACCGGCAAGUCAUCAGCAUGCAAUGUAACUCGAUUAAGCGACGUUCAGCAACGUCCCGAGCGAUUGAUAAGUCGGUUACGUACCAUAUCUUUGGAAGAUACUGGCCCGAAAUUAACGGUAGUUAGACAACCAAAGGGGCCGGAUGGCACGCGCGGAUUCAACCAGGAAAGAUGCCAGCGUACUCCUGGUGCCAUAGAAGAGUAACGCAUCUCUCAUGAGACAGGAUUACUGAUUAUCUAAAUUAUGAUAUAUAUAAUUAUUUGUUUUAGUCGAUACACACUUCGAAUUACCGAAAUUAUUAAUGUAAGCAUGAUCGUAAAACAUUUGCCAAAUUCACAGACUAAUGCGACAACAGUAAUUAUAAUGAUAAAUAAUCUGAAACUGGAUGGUGAUCGAAAAAAAUGGCCGGAAGAGAAUAUAAAAAUAAAAAAAAAAAA